UCCUUCCCAUGUCUCCUCCCUCCUUGCUGGGUCCUUCCCAUGUCUCCUCCCUCCUUGCUGGGCUCGUAUAUAACAGGGAUGCCACUUCUGCCCCGGGACAUUUCAUAGGUGUGGUCUGCAGCUCUGGCAGAGAAUUGGGCCGGAGGAUUUCAACAAGUUAAGGAGCAGCACUUUUCAUUCUUUAAAGUCGAGCGUCCCGUGUCCAUGUCUCCGGCUCUGACCAGAUCUGCUCCCAGCGAGCUCAACCAUUGGUGGAGCCAGCUGAGGUUCCGCCUCCAAAACAAGAAAGGAUGGAACCAGAUGUUGGAUGAGUCCUUUCUGCUCCACACCAAAUGCAUUAAUGACAACUCUCUCCUCUACGCGGCCAACAAGAACAGCGUGGCCUCCAUCCACAAACUGCUGAGUUGUCCGUCCACUAAUAUCUUCGAGAGAGGGGCUCUCGGCGAGACGGCGCUUCAUGUCGCCGUCAUGGCCGACAACCUGGACGCCGCCGUGGCUCUGAUGGACGCAGCUCCCGAUCUCAUCAACGAGCCCAUGACCGCCGAGAUCUUCCAAGGUGUCACUCCUCUCCACAUCGCCGUGGUGACGCAGAACAUCAACCUGGUUCGUCAUCUGAUCGGUCGCGGGGCUGACGUGGCUACACCGCGAGUCACCGGUCUGUUCUUCAGGAAGAGGAGAGGAGGACUCGUAUACUACGGUGAGCACAUCCUGUCUUUUGCUGCAUGUGCUGGGAACAAGGACAUUAUCUCCAUGUUGAUCGACGCAGGAGCCAGCACCAGGGUCCAGGAUGACCGUGGUAACACAGUGCUUCACAUUUUGGUUCUGCAGCCCAACAGGACGAGUGCGUGCCAGGCUCUUGACCUGAUUAUGGCACGCGAUGCCGAGCUGGACCAGCUGGUGCCCCUCGACAUGAUGCCCAACAACCGAGGCCUUACAACUUUUAAACUGGCUGCCAAAAAAGGAAACACUGUGGUGUUUCAGCACCUGGUUAAUAAAAGGCGUGUGGUCCAGUGGAGUAUGGGCCCCCUGACCUCAGUGCUGUACGACCUGACGGAGAUAGACUCAUGGGCCGACAACAUGUCAGUGCUGGAGCUCAUCGUGGUCUCUCCCCUGAGAGAGCCAAGAAGGAUACUGGAGCUGACUCCUGUGAGGCAGCUGGUCAACCUGAAGUGGAACAUGUAUGGAAAACAUUACUUCAGGGCCCUGCUGUUUCUCUACCUCCUGUACAUCUGGAUCUUCACAGUGUGUUGUGUAUUUCGCCCUAUUAAGGAAGCUCCGGAAAACUACACAACAAAUCCCAACGACAAAACCGUCAUGAUCCAGAAAACAUUAAAUGAGAGUUACGUGACACAUGCGGACCACAUGCGGCUGGUGGGUGAGAUAAUCAGCGUCCUGGGAGCUGUUGUCAUCCUGUUGCUGGAGAUCCCUGACAUGCUGAGAGUGGGGGCAAAGCAUUAUUUUGGCCAGACAGCACUGGGCGGCCCCUUCCACGUUACCCUCAUCAGCUACGCGUGCCUGGUGGUGCUGCUGUGUGUGUUCAGAGUCUGCUCGGUGCAGGCGGAGGCGGAGGUGAUGGCGAUGUGUUUAGUUCUUGGCUGGACCAACAUCCUGUUCUUCGCCCGAGGUUUUGAAAUGCUCGGCCCCUAUGUCAUCAUGAUACAGAAGGUUAUGUUUGGAGACCUGAUGAAGUUUUUGUUCCUGAUUGUCAUUGUGGACAUUGGUUACGCCAGCGCCCUGUGGAUGGUGUAUAUGACUCAGGAGUAUGGCACCCUUAAUGAAUAUAGCUCCUACCCCAGCAUCCUCUGGGCUGAGUUUGAGAUCAACUUGGCCCUAAUAAAUAUGCCGGAGAACCCUACCUACGUCACCCCCUUGAUCGUCUACGUGGUGCAGGUCGCCUACACUAUCUUCGCCUUCGUCCUUCUGGUGAAUCUACUGAUAGCCAUGAUGUGUGAAACGCAAGUGAGGGUGGCCCAGGAGAGAGACGAGCUGUGGAGGACUCAGGUGGUGGCUACGACUCUGAUGCUGGAGAGGCGGCUGCCCCGCCGCCUGUGGCCCCGGCUCGGGAUGUGUGGGCUCAGCUACGGCCUGAGCGAUAGCUGGUAUCUCAGAGUCCAGACGGACCGGAACCAGAACCAAAACCAGACGCCGCAGAACCAGGACCAAGACCAGACACUUCAGAACCAGGACCAGAACCUGACCCAGGAGCUGCAGUUCGUCCGAGCAGAGCUGCAGCAGCUUGGGUUUCUGAUCCAGAAGCUGGUUCAGAACCGGUCCCGGUCCGACUCAGGCUCACAGGUCUUCAUCUGAAGGCCCCCCCCCCCCCCUUCCCCCUUGCUGUGAAUGCAGCAAUCACACUCUGAUAUGCACCAAACGCGCACCGAGACGUUUUUGUCCCUCUUUUGCUUUUUGUCGGAAAAAGGGACAAAAACUUUGAAAAAAGUGGAAAACAAACAGGGAC